AUGUCCUUAAACUACAUCAAGAACUUCUAUGAGGGAUGUCUCCGGCCUCCGACUGUGAUUGGCCAGUUCCACACGCUGUUCUUCGGCUCAGUGCGCAUGUUCUUCCUGGGAGUUCUGGGAUUUGCAGUUUACGGGAAUGAAGCGCUUCACUUCAGCUGUGAUCCGGACAGGAGGGAGGUCAACUUAUUCUGCUACAACCAGUUCAGACCCGUCACACCGCAGGUGUUUUGGGCGCUGCAGCUCGUGACAGUCCUCGUUCCCGGUGCAGCAUUUCACCUUUACGCAGCAUAUAAAAACAUAGAGCAGGAGAAGAUUCUGGAGCGACGCUCAUUUACCGUGUUUUACAUCAUCUCUGUACUCCUGCGGAUCCUGCUGGAGGUUGCAGCUUUCUGGCUCCAGAGUCGUCUGUUUGGCUUCCUGGUUCACCCGCUGUAUUUCUGCGACUACAGACCUCUGGACAGCAGGCUCAACUUCACCAAAUGUAUGGUUCCCGAACACUUCGAGAAAACCAUCUUCCUCAGCGCCAUGUACAUCUUCACCAUCAUCACCAUGAUAUUGUGUGUGGCGGAAAUUUUGGAGAUCCUCUGCAGAAGGCUGGGGUAUUUAACACAUCAGUGAUGACGACCAAAUUCACAGUAACACAGAUUGACGGGGGCUCGUCCGGGAUAUUAACGCAGUUUCAUUCAUUCAUUUUCCUUCAGCUUUGUAUGGAACAAAAUC